UGAAGUGGUUUGGGGAGGUUAUCAGAGGAGCGGCAGCAAGUGAGCUCUCUGGAAGUGUUCUGGGAUUUUUCCUUUGUUUUGCUCAGGCCCCACUGAAAUCGUGCCUUUGCAAAGCAACAUUCCUGCAGCAAAUGCAUCCUGCUCACAUCAUCCAUGAGCCUUGGAGCUGUAGCACAUUCCCUUCCCUUCCUGACCUGUGCCAUGGGAGUCUGAGCUGCAGCAAUGACACAGGACAACUUCUCCCAGGUGACCGAAUUCAUCCUCCUGGGGCUCUCUGACACGCAGGAGCUGCAAUUCUUCUUCUUCACCCUCUUCCUCCUAGCCUAUGCCAUGGUCCUGCUGGGCAACCUCCUCAUCAUCGUGACAGUCAGGGCUGACCCCAAGCUCUCCUCGCCCAUGUACUUCCUCCUCUGCAAUCUGUCCUUCAUUGAUAUCUGCUACACCUCUGUCACUGCUCCCAGGGUGCUGGUGGCCCUGCUCUCAGGACACAAAGCCAUUGCCUUUGAGGGCUGCAUAGCCCAGCUGUUUUUCCUGCACUUUGUGGGUUCCUCAGAGAUGUUCCUCCUGACGGUGAUGGCGUUUGACCGCUACACGGCCAUCUGCAGGCCCCUGCACUACACAGCCAUCAUGGCCCGCAGGGCCUGCUGGGCCCUGGUUGCUGCCUGCUGGGCUGGGGGCUUUAUCCAUUCCAUUGUCCAGACUGUGCUCACACUCCAGCUGCCCUUCUGUGGCCCCAACAUGAUCCACAGCUAUUUCUGUGACGUGCUACCUGUCGUCCGCCUGGCCUGCACUGACACCACCCUCACCGAGUGGCUCAUGGCCUCCAACAGUGGCCUCAUAUCCCUGGGCUGCUUCCUGGUGCUGGUGGCCUCCUACGUGCUCAUCCUGGCCAAGGUUCGGGCCUGCGUCUCCCAGGGGCACUGGAAGGCCCUGUCCACCUGCGCCUCACACGUCAUGGUCGUCACCCUGCUCUUCAUGCCCUGCAUCUUCACCUACCUGAGGCCCGCUGGGACCUUGCCCACCAACAAGUACAUCUGUGUCAUCUACACAACCUUCUCACCCAUGAUGAACCCCCUCAUCUACACCCUGAGGAGCAGUGAGGUGAAGGAAUCCAUGUGGAGACUGUGGAAGCGCUGCAGAGCCUCCUGAGACAAGUUCAGUUGACAGAACCCUGGAGUUACACCCAGAGUUAACACCUGGAGUCACAUUCCUACUCAACUCCUACACAAUAAUGACUUAUUGUCCGUGGCUAAAGCCUGCAGACUUCAAAUUAUGUACAA